UUCUGAAAAUUCAGACUUGAGAUCUGAACUCAAUCCAACUCAUCUCGGCGUCGACCUAUAUAACACCCCCACGCAACGCGCAGCCGCGCAGCGCCCCAACAACAUUCCACACUCUUCCUUCCUUCCUUCCUUGUCAGCGUCGCUGCGCCGCGGCCCGCGGCCGCGCCGCGCCGCUCGUGGUGGAAUCCGCUCCACUCCCCAAUGGCGCCCGCGGCGGCGAAGGCGUCGGAUCUGUACCGUGAGGAGACCGACCGCGACGACGACGACGACGACGUCGGCCUCGCCGUCAUCCUCCCCGACGCCUGGGAGCUCCCCAGGCGCCGCGUCCUGCGCAACGUCUUCCGCCGCCUCCCGCGCAACCCGGACUUCGACGGCGCCACCUUCCUCUCCAAGCCAUGGCUCGCGCUCGCCGUGGACGGGCACAACGUCGUCGCCGAGCCGCAGCGGCUCAUGCCGGGGCUGCUGCUUCCGGAGGAGAUGGCGCUCGACCCGGCCUCCCGCGCCUUCCUCAGCCUCGCCGACGGGCGCUUCCACGACAUCGCCUUCCCCCACGCCCGCGGCGCGCGCUGCGUCGGGAGCUCCCGCGGAUGGCUCGUGAUGCUCCGGGAGGGCCCCGAGGGAGUCGUCGGCGCCGCGGCCACCGCAACUGUACAUGUCAUCCACCCGCUGCUUCCGCACCUCGAGUUCCGCCUCCCCGACGAGUUCUCCCUCUUCGAGAUCCAUGCCGCCGCGGACUUGGAGGAGCACGUCGUGCGGUUGCCACUAUCGAAGGAGGCGCGCCUCCGUGCCGGCCUCCCCCUGGCUGAGAGGCUGCAGCGCGUGUACAAGCCCGACGAGAAGAACUACCCCUACAUCACCAUGGUCGCGCUCUCGUGCAGCCCCGCCGGCUCCGACGACGACGACUGCGUCGCGCUCUGCGUCUACCUCUGCGGCCGCUGCCUCGCCAUCGCGCGCCCCGGGGACGCGUCGUGGGCGCGCGUCGAGGUGGGCUGGGAGUACAUGGAGCCGACAGAGUACAACCGCAAGUUCGUGAGCGUGGUCCACCUCAACGGCAGCUUCUACGCGGCGUGCUACGACGGCACGGUGCUGCGCGUCACCAUCCCGCCGGCGGGCAGCAGCAGCAGCAGCGCGUCGACCCCUCCUCGGGUGGAGAAGUUCGCGGACAGGCCUUACAGAUCGAAGUGGUCCAUGUGGAGAUCGCGGUGGUGGCUCGCCGACGACGGCGCAGGCUCUCUGGUGUUCAUCGGGACUGAGCGCUGCCUGAAUCCCUCGGACGACGAAAGGUACCUCUCCGUGUUCCGGUGGGACGCCGAGCUGCGGUUCUGGCGCCGGCCCAAGAGCUUCGGCGGCCGCGCGCUGUUCCUCAGCGCCGGCACGGCGUUCUUCGCCGACGCGAGGAUCCUGCCGUGGUGCGCCGGCGACUGCAUCUACUUCACCGACGACGAGAGCGUGGUCACCGGGGAGAACGUCACCGUGAGAUGCUACGACAUGCGCAGCCGGAAGCUCUACUUCGUGGAAGACGCUGGGGCCAAGGUGGCGCUGGCCCCACCUGUCUGGGUCAUGCCGUUCCAUGAAUAGUACUGUACAGAGACAUUCAUCCAAUGAUCCAAGCAGGUAAAUCAUUGAUGUGUAGGACUUUGAUUAGCAUUUGUUGCUAGGUGAUUUCUUCAUGUGAAUUCUAUCUGUGAGUAAAUUUCAUGCGAAUUA